CAGUGACGCGUCCGUACGAUAUACUUCCGUGCUGCUUCUCUGACAAUUCGUGUCCACGUUUCGGUGCCGUGGCUCACAAGCAAUCGAUUGUUUGAGAAUUUUAAACUCUGUUAAAUUGUGACUAUAAAAUGGUGUCUUGUGCGCACUUGAUUCUUCUGAUCGUAUUGCUUCACACGACGGUUAUUAGUGUAUCUCACAGUUGGCCUCACCGACAAAUUUCAUCUAAAUUAGAAGGUGAUUUUGAUUAUUAUGAUGAUUAUCAAGAUGAUGUUCCCAGCAGAUCGGACGGCAAAAUCAUUUUCCCGACAGAAAAACCCGAGAUUUCAAUGCGACAGUACACGCCUCACAAACCAUUAUGCAAUCAUUCCACUUUCUGUGAAGACGUACCUAAUUAUCCGAAUAAUAUAAUCGAUGUUGAGUUGAGAAUGAACAAGGACUUAAAGUUACUUUCAGUAUCUGACUCAGUACCUGAUGAUAUAUCGAACCGAAUGAACGGACCGUCCGAGGAUAACUCAUUGUGCGACUCUUACGAAAAGAUUGUUUUUCCAAAGUCCGCCGAAAGUAAGAGUAAGGAGUGGUUUUUUAUAGUGAAUCAAGACAAUUUCAGACAAGGAGUACGAGUAGAAAUAUGCGGAAAUGAAAACAGCGUCUGCGACAUGUUCGAUGGUUUUUACGAAGGCUACAAAACUAUAUGCAAACAAAAGUAUAUUUACCGACAGUUAGUAGCACUAUCACGUAAUGGUCAAAUGAAGCCAGAGACCUUUCGGUUUCCAUCGAGUUGUUGUUGCCAUAUCAAAUUCACAGGUGAUUUGACUCUCCGAAUGGGUCUGAAUAAAAAUAAAACUUCCACGUCUAAAACUUGAAAAAAAUAAUAACCUUUUGAUAUUAUGUGAUUUUCAUAUUCUGUGCGAAAAAAUGUCUAACUAAUGAGAUUAGUUUGAUUUUGUAUAUAAUUAAUAUAUGUACUUAUUUUAUACAUAAAAAAUUGAUUAUUAAAAUGAUUACAUAGCAUUUAAGUUAUCUUGCAAAACAUUUGCUUCAAAAUUGAAACUAAAUUUAAGAAAAAAUGACUUCAUUGUAACUAUUCAAUGUUCAAUAAAUAUCUAACUACGAUCAAAACAGCAAAUAAAGAUUUAGAAUGUUGUCGGUUAAAAGUUGAUUACUACUUUUAAAUGUUUUUUUAGAUAAUGCAUAAUUGGAACAAAUUAUUUCGUAAUUCAAAUAUUUCUAGCUUUCUCAACUUAGAUCAACAACUGUUCAACUUACAUCGAUUCACGUUGCGAUUAAAAGGAAUGUAGGAAAUUUUAUGGUUUUCUUACGAGGUUAUUAUUACUGAAGUUUAUAAAUUCAAUCUAGAAAUUGAGGGCUCUUUUGAGGAUUGAUUGUUUCAGGUAUAAUACUUCAAAGCCUAUGUUUAUAAUUCAUCUGCUGUCGUUUCUAUCAUUAAUUUUGACUAACCCGUAAUGAACAGAUAUAAUUUUUUUUAUUAAAUGAAAUGUUAAUUUCCAUGCCUAAUGAUAUACAAAAAGAAUUGUUUCUAUUCCAGUAUACAGUUUCUAAUGUGCAGUAUAUAACAAUUAGAUAAAUUUUUGGUAGUACUCGUUCGUGUUACAAACUAUCUAUUUGGUACAUAUUGUUUAUAGUAUAAUAAUUAUAUGAUAUUAUUCAAAAACGUAAAUGAAUAGUAUAGUAUAGCCGUCAGUGCUAUACCUGUGUAAACUGCAUGACAACUGUGUAAACUAUGUAUAACCUUCCAUAAUUACUGUUAUUUAUCAAAUGGAAAUAAAGUCCUUGUA